UUAUGAGUGGCUUUUAAAGAGGCUGAUGCAUAAAUUCAGUCCUUUCCCUGACAAGAACAAGGAAACCAGAGGAUUCUCUAAGGGUUAACCCAUUGUCUUCCUUUCCUUGGGGAUUGAAACGAGCCUGAUGCCUGAAGUUGCAGGAGUGCAAAGAUGUCCCUGCACCCAGCUUCUCCACGCCUGGCCUCCCUGCUGGUCUUCAUCCUUGCCCUCCAUGGUGCCCUGACCCUGAGACUUUGCUCCUUCAAUGUGCGGUCCUUUGGAGAGAGCAAGAAGGCAAACCAUGAAGCCAUGGAUAUCAUUGUGAAGAUCAUCAAACGCUGUGACCUUAUACUGCUGAUGGAAAUCAAGGACAGCAGCAACAACAUCUGUCCCAUGCUGAUGGAGAAGCUGAAUGGAAAUUCACGAAGAAGCACAACAUACAACUAUGUGAUUAGUUCUCGACUUGGAAGAAACACGUACAAAGAACAGUAUGCCUUCCUCUACAAGGAGAAGCUGGUAUCUGUGAAGGCAAAAUACCUCUACCAUGACUAUCAGGAUGGAGACACAGACGUAUUUUCCAGAGAGCCCUUUGUGGUUUGGUUCCAUUCGCCCUUCACUGCUGUCAAGGACUUCGUGAUUGUUCCCUUGCACACAACUCCCGAGACCUCGGUUAAAGAGAUAGAUGAGCUGGCUGAUGUCUACGCGGAUGUGAAAAGCCAAUGGAAGGCAGAGAAUUUCAUCUUCAUGGGUGAUUUCAAUGCCGGCUGCAGCUAUGUCCCCAAGAAAGCCUGGCAGAACAUCCGUUUGAGGACGGACCCCAACUUUGUUUGGCUGAUUGGGGACCAAGAGGACACCACAGUCAAGAAGAGCACCAGCUGUGCCUAUGACAGGAUUGUGCUUUGUGGACAAGAGAUAGUCAACUCCGUGGUUCCCCGUUCCAAUGGCGUCUUUGACUUUCAGAAAGCUUAUGAGUUAUCUGAAGAGGAGGCCCUGGAUGUCAGUGACCACUUUCCAGUUGAGUUUAAGCUACAGUCUUCAAGGGCCUUCACCAACAACAGAAAAUCUGUUUCUCUAAAGAAAAGAAAAAAGGCAAUCGCUCCUAGGUAUCAUGCUGCCAUUUUUUGGGAAGCCAUUCCUUGCUUCCAAAUAAAAUAGCUCUCAGGUCUAAGCUAUCUGCACGCUCAGGAAUCAAGACUGGCCAAGCUGCUUUCAUUGUCCACUUGAGAUAAUUUUGCCUGGAACCAAGUUGGGAGGAGAGACUUCUGUUACAUUACCAUGACCACGACAGCAUCUAUCACUGGUACUCUGUGAAACACAGCCACAAUUUAGGCAGCAGGACAGAUAUCAUCUGUCAGUCCAAGCUGCCAAGGUCACAGGGCACUCCUGUUUCCCAGAAAUGAGCUCAAAUGGCAAGAUUUGGCAUGGCAUGAUAUUUUAUGAUGGAGGCAAUGAAACUCACUUGUCUGGGGUCAGGCCAUGGCAACAUCAUGCAGGGAAGAGGAAUGAAGGACACUCCCACUGUGGUGUCUUGCUCAUCCCUACCCACAGCCCACCCCUACCCACAGCCCACCCCUACCCACAGCCCACCCCUACCCACAGCACACCCCUACCCACAGCACACCCCUACCCACAGCCCACCCCUACCCACCGCACACCUGUACUCACAGCACUGUGUAUAAGCCAUCGCCAUAUUCUGAGCUCAGUCUUCCGACAUCAUGAAGGUUUCCUUUAUCUGACAGCCAGCCUCACUUUGCACUGCAUACUCCAACAGCAUGUUUUCUCCCUUUCUCCCUUUCCUCUUUCUCCUUGUCCCCUUCCCUGAAGGGCUCAGACUUGUACGCCUGUCCUGUUCCAAAUGUCCCCAGUUCCAUAUCCCACGUCUCCUUGCAACACUGACCACACUGUGUUUGUUAACCAUGGCCAGCACUGCAACUCACUCCAAGUCCAGGUUCAGUGCAAGCCCCAUUGGCCAACUCAGACCAGAUGCUUUGUUCCCUUCCUGUCACUCCUGGAAUCUAGCAGUGUGGUGCCAUCUUGCUUGUAUGCAGGGCACCCAUUUUUAUGCACUUCGCUUUGUCUUCCUGGAUAUUCUUUCUUUACUCUUGCACAUGAACACCUGUACUUAGGAAGAGUGAAGAGCAAUGGCCCGUCUGGCCCCAUUCUCAGUCUGGGAAGCAACCCCUCCAAACAGCUGCGGGCUCUUCGAGGGUGUCUGCACAUAAACAAGCACCAUGUGUAACCUGAAGAAAUACAAAGUAUACUACACUGUAAA